AUGGUCACUGCGGCCAUUGCGGCGGGGCUGCAGGUGAAAGAAUGCGGUCGCUUGGAGCUCGCAUCAAGCAGCUCUGCCAAACGAGUUUUAAUUGUUGUUGUUCCAGGCCAUACGCAUGUUCCUUCAUCAGGCUUGAAGCAACUGCAUGAUGAGCUGCAGUUAUUGUUGCCAGAAGCCGUGCUUUUGGUAGCCGGCAUGAGCCACUUGCAUCAUGGCGAACAGACAGCUUUAAGGGAGGAUGAUAUUGAUUUUGCAGCCUUGCAGUUGUCCCAAGAAAUAUCAUCCAAGCUGGACAAAAUCGAGCAUGAUACUGGAAUGUUGUUUGCGCUGAGCUUUUGGUGCUUGGGGACGGGUGGCUUGAUCGCCAGAGCAGCUUUGUCCUGGCUUACAUCCCGUCAAGACAAGUUGUUGACGUACGUUUCUUUGGGCACACCUCACCUUGGUCUAUUCCUGCCAGGUUUGUCGUGGUGGUAUUGGUGGCGCGUAUCCCUUUGGAGAUCAUGUUGUUCGAGUCCGCUCUGGCUAGAACAGGUCACGCACAGCGAAGGGAGACGAGUGCGUGGAUCACGACUUUUCCGACUGUGCAGUGCAGAUAUGCUGAGUUCUUUCAGACGCAUAAUUUUUAUUGGCAGCGGAACAGAUUUCUUAGUGCCAUUAUCAUCGUCAGCGCUUCAAGGCGUAAGCUGUGAUGCUAACAAAGUUACACCCGUAGUUGCUCCUCCUGACCUCCUCAAUGGGGCGCCCUCAUCCAAAGUGUUGUUGAUCUUGCUUCCCAUUCUCUGGCUUGCACGCUUGCGGGCGUGGAGCGUUCUUCUUGCAUUAUUGGCUGCGGUGCUUGCUGCUCUUUUGCUUCCAUCUCCACCAGGGCAUUUUGGACGCAGACUCGACUCUGUGAAGAUGCAGUUUCACGAUUUCUUCAAAACAGUUCGCGGGGAGCUUGAACCAGGAUUGGACAGAGAUUUGGCGCAGCUGUUUCUGUCCACGCUGCCUGCAGAGAAGUUGCUGAAAGUCGAAGUGUGGCCAAACAAGCGGAGCUGGAGGUUCAGACAGGGUUUUGGUUCUGACGUGCUUUAUGAACACGAAUGGAUCAAGGCCAUGGUUGCGCGUUAUGGACCUUCCUUGAUUGCAACUCGAGAAGAAAAGUCUGUUUGCAGUUGA